UGAUAAAAACAAAAUUAAUCUGGAGCAAGUUACUUACUUGUUGAAUUUUUCUUUACCUUUCUCAGAGAGAGGAGGAUGCUGAGUCGAACAGAACACAGAGGUGUGUGCAAACUGCUUUCAUCCGUGAUGUCUGGAACAGAGUCUCAUACAGACAGGGAGGAGGACUACAGGUUCCUCCACAGCAUGUUGAUGGAGAAGAAGCUUCACCUGCUCUUUAAGAUCCACGAGCGACUGAAGCGUUUUGAGAAGCGAAGCCCCAUCCCGGUCCAAGAGCACGCAGCGAGCCUGGCCUCAGACUUGGCGGAGGAGCUGAUAUACCAGGGCUGGAGAGAUGAAGUCAAAGAACUGGUUGCCCUCUUUUCCAAGCCCAGCUUUAAGAGUCUCCUGUCUGUCCAUGACGCCGUAGCUCAGAGAGACUUUGAGCCUUCUCUGCCACCAAUUCCUGAUGAUGUGCUGGACGAGGAUGAGGAUUCAGUCAAAAUUGUCAGUCUGGUCAAAACCAAAGACCCCCUGGGGGCAACAAUUAAGGUGGAUAAAUCCACCGGUGCUAUUGUAGUGGCGAGGAUCAUGAGAGGAAGCACAGCUGAUAAAAGCGGCCUAAUCCAUGAAGGAGAUGAGCUGAAAGAGGUGAAUGGAGUCUCGCUGGAGCACAAGAAGCCAAAGGAAGUCAUUCCUCUUCUGGCUUGUUCUCAGGGUGAAGUUACAUUCAAAAUCAUUCCUGCCUCCUCCAAGGAAGACAUGUCAACAAAUAAGAAGAAACUGUUUAUGCAAGCUCUUUUUGACUACGAUCCUUACGAGGAUCCCGCCAUUCCCUGCAAGGAUGCAGCAGUGGCCUUUAAAAGGGGAGACAUCCUCCAAAUUGUCAGCAGAGAGGAUGACACCUGGUGGCAGGCCUGUCACCUCGGGGAGAGCAACGCUCGGGCAGGGCUCAUCCCCUCACAGCAGCUCCAUGAGAGGAGAGUUGCACUGCAGCGACCUAAAGCCCUGUUCAGGCCUCGGAGAGUCAAACCACCAGAUGAGGGGGAAGUCGUGGAGGAUGUCGACUACCAAGCUAUUACAGGGAUCCACAUUGCUGGUUUAAGAAGGAGUUUCCGCCUCGGGAGAAAGAGCAGUUGGGCCAAAGAAGCUGCUCGGUCCAGGAGGUGGAGCACAGGGGUGCACAGCUCAAUCCGUCCUCCUACCUACAAAGAGGUGAUCCCCUACCAAAGAGACCCCGAGGACAAGCACCGUCUGGUCGUUCUGGUCGGGCCAAGCGGCGUUGGCGUAAAUGAACUGAAGAGGAGGCUCCUGAUGUCCGACCCUGACCGCUAUGGCGUCACCGUACCGCACACCACACGUGAGAAGAGACGGCAGGAGAAAGAAGGAGUGGAUUAUCAUUUUGUGUCAAUCCGCAUGUUUGAAGAGGAUAUUCUCAAUCAUAGGUUUGUAGAAUAUGGGAGAUAUGGGGGACACUACUAUGGGACAAGUCUGGACUCUGUGCACAGAGUGAUGGCUGAGGACAGAGUGUGCCUCCUGAAUAUGCAUCCUAAUAAAAUAAAGCACGUGUACACAUCUGAAUUCAAACCGUACGUGGUGUUCGUGAAGCCCCCGCGUAUAGAGGAGCUACGCCUCACCAGACGGAGAGCUAAAUUCAUCUGCGACGAAGACGACAAGAACUCAGUCCGGAUCUUUUCAGAGGAGGACUUCGAGGACAUGAUUAACUCGGCUGAAACCAUGGAGAACAAGUACGGUCACUGGUUCGAUAAGGUGAUCGUUAACGGAGAUAUCGUGGUGGCGUUCAGAGAGCUGAAGGCCGACCUCGAGAGGGUGGAAGAGGCGGAGGUCCAGUGGAUUCCUGCAGAGUGGGUUUGCUCUUCUCCGAGCAAGAAACGGAGAAGUUGUGGUCAUUUGGACAGCUGGAUUUGAACUUUGAACUCACAAAGAAUAAAACAGUAAUUUCUCAAUUAUAUGAUAGUAGAAUUUAACAACUUUUACCUUAAAAACAUAGAAUUUUUGGCAUGAUUUAAAUAUUUUUCCAUUUAUAAAGAAGUCCUGUGAUUACCACAGUUUUCCAUAGUGUCCCCUAGUGUGUAUCUAAUUAGGCGAGCAGAAUCCAU